AUGGCCUGUCUGCGAGCCUGUGCCUUGCUGCCGCGGAUGACAUGGUGGUUUCGUGCAGUCGUACACGGAGGACGAGCCGCCACCGCGCUGCAACAGCCACAAACAGCGCCCGUCCUCGCGCUCCCGCUCGCGUGCAUAGCGUCCUCCAACGACAAGGCCACGACUGAACGGCAUGCAAAGACCCUGAGAGAGCUUCUCAAGCGGCCCGAAAACAAGGUCUGCGCCGACUGCAAACGCAACGACCCUCGAUGGGCAUCUUGGAACAUUGGGGUCUUCUUGUGCAUUCGCUGUUCGGGAAUCCAUCGAUCCAUGGGAACGCACAUCAGCAAGGUCAAGUCCGUGGAUCUCGAUGUUUGGACUCUAGAGCAGAUGGCAGUACGUAACCUCCGCCUCCUUCUCUCUCUCGAUACUGAGAAGCACCACAAUAAAAUGGAGUCCUUCAUCCGCUCAAAGUACGAGUCACGGAGAUGGGCGAUGGACGGUCCCCCGCCCUCAGAUCCGUCCACGCUCGACGGCCAGUCUACUGGCACCGCAACACCCACGACAACGACCGCGCCUCAACUGCCAUCAAGGACCGCGACUCCCGUCCAAUCCAACGCGAUUGCCUCCGCAUCGAGAUCGUCUAUCACCAAUAGGCAGCCGCAGCCGCACCAGCUCUUGAGCACGAGCGUCGCCAACCGCGCUCAGCAGAGUGCGCCGAAGGCGGCCCUCCCUGCUCCAGUCGCCCCCCAAGCACCGGCACCGCAAGCCCCAGCCGCUCCAGCGGUCUCGAACGACCUGUUUUCUCUGGACUUUCACGUACCGGUGGGCACGCCCCCCACCACCGCGACUCCGCCACCCAGGAAGGACGUCAAGCAGGACAUCCUCUCACUCUUCUCCACGCCGGCGGCAGCACCCGCGGCGCAGUCUGCGGCAUUUGGACAGUUCGCUCAGGCACCGGUGCAACAGGGCUGGGCCCCCGGAGCGCAAACACAUUCGCCUGUAACAAGCAUGGUCGGCAACCACGGGGUUGGGAUGUGGGGCGCGAGCUCGGGGUGGAACCCCGCGCAAACAGCGCCCGCUCAGUCGAACUUGUGGGGCGCUCCCGCUGGACAACCUGUCAUGCAUCAGCAGCAGAGCUGUUCACGACGAGCGAUGUGUGGGGAGCGUCUGCCGGUGCCGGCGGCGGUCCGGCGGGUGGGGAUAUGUUUGGUUCGUCGUUGCCCGCGAUGCAGAAGAAAGACGACGCGUUCGGGGAUAUCUGGGGUGGUUUCAAGUAGGGUACCGCUACUGUAGAUUCCUUUGUGUGCACGUUGUGUUUUGUCAGUCUC